UUGUCAACAAUGGAUUCUAUCUCUGAAGUCACAGAUGCAAUAGAAGCCGAGGCAGCUAUGUUGAUGGAGACCAUGUUUGGUUCUGAACGGGGACCAAAGCAGUCGACUGAAGCUUCUCUCCAGGAAGUGAGACCAUGGGAUGAAACAAUGGGUCAGGAAGCAGAUAAAGAGUCACUGAAUGUUUUGGAAGCCAUGUCUCUCGAGUCCGUGACUUUGGCGGAAGUUGAGGCCUCGUUGGGAACUCUAGGAAGUGAAUCUCUGAGUGAAACCAUGGGUUAUCUGGAGAAAGAAGCUGAAAUUCUUGCUAGGGAGGAAAAAAUGGAAGUGAAGAUGACAGCAGAGGAUGCUGACCUUCUGGAAACAGAGGCUGAAUUGUUAACAGAGAGUUCUAUCUCUGAAGCCUCAGAGGCAAUAGAAGCAGAGACGUUCUUGAUGGAGGCCAUGUUUGGUUCUGAGCAGGGACCAAAGCAGUCGACUGAAGCUUCCUUCCAGGAAGUGAGACCACAGGAUGAAAUGAUGGGUCAUGAAUCAGAUAAAGAGUCAUUGACUGUUUUGGAAGCAAUGUCUCUCGAGUCCGUGACUUUGGCGGAAGUUGAGGCCUCAUUAGGAACUCUAGGUAGCGAAUCUCUGAGUGAAACCACAGGUUAUCUGGAGAAAGAAGCUGAAAUUCUUGCUGAAGAGGAGAAGUUGGAAAUAAAGGUGAGAGCAGAAGAUGUUGCUAUUUUAGAAACACAAACUGAAUUGUCAACAGUGGAUUCUAUCUCUGAAGCCACAGAUGCAAUACAAGCUGAGACAGCCAUGUUGAUGGAGGCCAUGUUUGGUUCUGAGCAGGGACCAAAGCAGUCGACUGAAGCUCCCCUCCAGGAAGUGGGACCACGGGAUGAAACAAUGGGUCAUGAAUCAGAUAAAGAGUCAUUGAAUGUUUUAGAAGCCAUGUCUCUUGAGUCCGUGACUUUGGCGGAAGUUGAGGCCUCGUUGGGAACACUGGGAAGCGAAUCUCUGAGUGAAACCAUGGGUUAUCUGGAGAAAGAAGCUGAAAUUCUUGCUGAAGAGGAAAAAAUGGAAGUGAUGAUUACAGCAGAUGAUGUUGCAAUUUUAGAGGAUGAAAAAGAGGCUGAAUUGUUCAGAGGGAAUUCUAUCUCUGAAGCCUCAGAGGCAAUAGAAGCUGAGACAGCCAUGUUGAUGGAGGCCAUGUUUGGUUCUGAGCAGGGACCAAAGCAGUGGACUGAAGCUCCUCUACAGGAAGUGAGACCACAAAAUGAAAUGAUGGGUCAUGAAUCAGAUAAAGAGUCACUGAAUGUUUUGGAAGCCAUGUCUCUCGAGUCUGUGACUUUGGCAGAAGUUGAGGCCUCGUUAGGAACACUUGGUAGCGAAUCUCUGAGUGAAACCACAGGUUAUCUGGAAAAAGAAGCUGAAAUCCUUGCCGGAGAGGAGAAGAUGAAAGUAAAUGAGGGAACAGUAUUUAAAGAGGUAACUGAGGCUCUAAACCUUGAACCUCUGUCUUUGCCUGAAGCUGAAACUGAAGAUCUGCAGACAGAUGCACUGAUGGAAGAGCUGCUGUUUGCUGUUCCUCAGCACACAACGGGUGAAACUGGUCAACGAACCAGUCCAGAGGUUGUCACAGCGAACAUUUUGGAUGCAGUUGCCGUGGAUGCAGAGGCUGCAGAAACAGAUAAUAGUCCAGCUCCUCCUGUUCUGACAGAGGUGCAGCUGGAACAGGACGAGGAGGAAGCUACAGGGAAAGAAGAAGAUGUGUCAAUGCACACAGAUUUGGAUCCAGUUCAGAGACUCUUCUUGGAGAAGAUCAGAGAAUACAAAAAUCUUCACAGGCUGAAUGGUCGACUGUUGGAGGCGGAGCCAGAUUACAUAAAACACCUGUCAGAGGAAACAGCGAAGCUUCAGAGACUUUAUGGAGGAGGAGACCUGACCAGCUUCCCUCAGUUCACCUUCACUGAUCCUGAAUUGGACCAAGACUCCAAAUGAUCCACGGAUGCUCUUCAUGCUCCUCCUUUUUGCUGACUUUUGUCCGACCUCCUCCUCCGCUACCUCCUUGUUUCAGAUGUAGCAUGUGUCGAUGAAGAGGAGGAACAUAUAAAGGGAUGCUUGUGUUUAUUCCUGGCUGCUGGUUUGUACUGUGCAAUAAUGAAUUCUGUUUUAUUAAAGAUCCUAUAUUUUACCA